CAUACUAAACGUUCCCAGAGUUCCCGCACUGUCUACUUUUCCGCUUCCUUUUUCCUUCACAAGGAUCCAACAUGGCUGUUGGCAAGAAUAAGAGACUGACAAAAGGUGGCAAAAAGGGUGCCAAAAAAAAGGUAGUGGAUCCCUUCAGCAAAAAGGAUUGGUAUGAUGUCAAAGCACCGUCUAUGUUUGCCGUCCGCCAGAUCGGAAAAACUUUGGUUACAAGGACCCAAGGAACAAAGAUCGCUUCCGAAGGCCUGAAAGGUCGAGUCUUUGAGAUUUCUCUUGCUGACCUGCAAAAUGAUGAAGUAACCUUUCGCAAGUUCAAGCUGGUUGCCGAAGAAGUUCAGGGCCGCAAUGUGCUGACAAAUUUCCACGGCAUGGACCUUACUCGUGAUAAGUUGUGCUCCAUGGUCAAAAAGUGGCAGACUCUAAUUGAAGCCCACGUUGAUGUUAGGACAACAGAUGGGUAUCUGCUCCGCGUGUUUUGCAUUGGGUUCACCAAGAAAAGAAACAACCAGGUCAAGAAAACUUGUUACGCCAAACACACACAGGUGAAAGCUAUUAGAAAGAAGAUGUUGGAGAUCAUAACCCGUGAAGUUACAUCUAAUGACAUGAAGGAAGUUGUCAACAAACUUAUUCCUGAUUCCAUUGGCAAGGACAUCGAGAAAGCUUGCCAGGGUAUCUACCCACUGCAUGAUGUGUACGUAAGAAAGGUCAAGGUGCUAAAGAAGCCGAAGUUUGACGUUGGAAAACUUAUGGAGCUACAUGGUGAUGGUGGCACCACAGGGACAAAGGCUGCAGUGUCCGAAGCUGGCGAGAAGGUUGACAGGCCUGAAGGUUAUGAGCCACCAGUGGUGGACAGUGUGUAGGCUUACGGACAGUCAAAAAACAUGCUGUUUGGUGCACAAUAAAGAGAAGACGAUUGCCUUUA